ACACUCGAUAGCGAAUGCGAGAGGGGAUUUAAAUUGGACAAAUAGUGUCCGUCUCACUUGACGGAUAAGGUAGCUAUCUGCUCUCUCAUGCGGUCCGAGGUAAUCCGCUAUUAGCACUGUUUAGCGCUAACCUCGAUACUGUGCGACGUUGGGCUAGCUUGUAAUGUCGGCACUGUUGGACUUGUUUUCCCCUCUAGACUCCGCUUCCUGUUAGCCUUGGGCUAGCUGGAAAAUCGAAAUUAUGCUAAUGAACGAGCAGGUAUAGUUAGCCAACGCAAAGGGGUGUAACUUUACUAUUUAGAGUAGGCUAACCGUUGCAGUUUAGUUCCAGUUUAUUUACGAACCUAUGCUAAUAACUUUAUUUCACAGCCAGCUGUAAGGGCAGCUGGUUUCCUUUAGUUUGCUAACGCUCGACAGCUAGCCAUCUUGCUUGUGUUGAGGGAUUUAAGUAUUUAACUUGACAAGCUUUAGGUGGCAGGGAGCGAGCGAUAUUAACUCAAGUUGCAGGUGUUUGUUAGUGUAUGCGUCGGCAUUGGGAUCAGUCGUAGGACCCAAUUGCGUGUGACUGUUGCCUUUAAAAAUACUUUAUUUUACUGUGGGAAAGCCCGACUGUUCCACUGUGAAAAGACAAUAGAGAACCUGAGACUUGCUCAGCUGUUGUUCUGAUAACGACGACAACCGUUGAUAACUAACUCAGAGAAAAUAGUAUUUUCAUAAUGUUUUGUUACAGAGCACGCUGAUAUAACUAGACUAUUUUUUUGAAUACUUAAUGUACGUUCCUUAGUGGUAAAAUAAAUUAACAGUUUCCGUUAAGUUGACCCGCACAGAUAGCUAGGGAGAGCGUGGAUGUGAUGCAGAGGGUGCUUGUGCGACAUAUGAAGGCUGAACCCGCUGCUUCCAGGUAUCUCAUCUAAUUAUACUGAAACAGCAGCUUUAAAUGCCUCAGAAAGCGCUCGCAGUAGCCGGUCGUCAUCAGAGGUAACUAGGUGAAUAGAGAGACGCGGGGAAGCGGUCUGAAGAGGGAGGCUCCUGCCCGUUUCUGGACAUCCAUCUCUCCAGCCUACCUUCAUCACGUCCAUCCACCACCGCCCUCCUCCUCCCCAGCCAUGGACCCCCCGAGGACUCGGUCGCGGUCUCGGUCUGGCUUCUAUCAUUUCGGUAUGAACGGCAACGUUGGGAGCAAUGGCAGUGGUAACGCGGCUGGAAACGGGAGCAUGAUGAACGCCAGCGGAGGAGGGGUGAGCUACCCGCAGCAGAGCAACCCCGGGUGGGCGCCGCACCACGGUGGUCGUAGCUACCCGGAGAGCCAGCAGCAGCACGCCCAAGGGAGCUACCUGUCCGUAGGGGCGCAGCGCCACUCCUCGCACGGAGCUCACAGACACCCCGGGGCCGGAGGAGUGCUACAUUUUCACCCAGAUAAUGUGUGCAGCGAGGAUCGGGACAAAAUGGAAGACAGCCCGAGCCCGAAAAGGCAGCGUCUUUCCCAGCAGUCCAUGUUGGAUCUCAACUCCGCCCCUCCUUCUACUCCUUCCUCUCCCAUUCGCCCCUGGGAGCUGCCUCCCAGUCGCAGACCACACCCCCACUACAUGCCAGAGAGAUGCCACACGCCUCUUCGCAACCGACGCAGCCCUCCAAUGAGACGCCAGCGGGGCCGGAGAGACCGUCUUACCCGCCACCACCACCACGCCCACAACAACCACCACCACUUCAACAGCAACAACAACCACCACCACCACCAUCACCACCCCAACGCCCACCAUCAUCACCACCACCACCUGCACUCCCACCACGGCCCAUCGCCUGGCCACCAGGAUGAGAACUACCGCCACCCGGCUCCCCCUCAGGGCUACCCACCCUACAGCCAGCAACCUCCCCGAGGACUGGGGCCUGGGCCUGAGGAGCGCCCAGGUCACCAUCCGCCAAACCCCUCCCCGAGGCCCCUCCACCAGUCACCGAACCUAUCUCCCAGGCUGCUUCAUCCUGCGGCCCAUCCACAGCACCCGCACCCACAUCCCCACCCCCACCCAUCCCAGCAACAGAGCAGUGUGGUGCUGGACCUCCAUGAGCAGGGUUCAGCUCCAGUAUCGUAUCCUGUGUCCCCCCCGGGAGCACCACCAGGCCUGCCGCCUCGCUCCGCCCCUCAGCAGAUCCCAGCAUGCUCAGUAGUCUUCAGCGGACAGCACUAUCCCGUCUGCAGCGUCCCUCCUCCUGUCCUUCAGACAUGUUCUGUGCAGCACUUACCCAUGCCCUACCCGUUCCCAUCACUGCUGUCCAGUGACCCAGCAUUCCUGCUUCCCCCUCCUCACCUUCCACAUCCCCCAACACACCUUUCCCACCACCCACCUCACCUGCCUCAGCCUGGACAGUUUGGACCCUAUCCGACGCAGCAGGCCCGUUCGCCCUUACAGAGGAUAGAGAAUGACGUGGAGCUGCUUGGAGAACACCUGUCUUUGGGUGCGGGGCUCCACUAUCCUCCCGCUACCCACCCUGCCCUCACACCACACUCUACACAGCUUCACUUCCUCUCCCACGACCCCCUGCCACAGGAGUUCUUCGGCGUGUCCUAUCCAAACUUUAUUCCUCGGCGUCUCCCGGGGCGACGGUACCGCUCGCAACAGCCACUGCCACCUUCGCCUUACCACCCCAGCCUCCUGCCUUACUUCCUUUCAAUGCUGCCAGUCCAGCCCACAGGUCCUGCCAUCAGUCUCGAGCUGGACGUAGACGAUGGAGAAGUGGAAAAUUACGAGGCUCUGCUUAACCUCGCUGAGCGUCUGGGAGAGGCCAAGCUCCGAGGUCUGACCAAGGGAGACAUCGAACAGCUUCCUUCUUAUCGGUUCAAUCCAAAUAACCAUCAGUCUGAACAAACACUGUGUGUGGUGUGUAUGAGCGAUUUUGAGUCCCGCCAACUGCUGCGAGUCCUGCCCUGCAGCCAUGAGUUCCACGGGAAGUGUGUCGACAAGUGGCUGAGGGCCAACAGGACGUGCCCCAUUUGUCGGGCCGACGCUUCCGAGGUCCAGAGAGACUCCGAGUGACCACAUGAGGGAGCCAGACGUUCCUAAUUGUCUGUCACACUCGUUCAGCACUACCUGCUCUUGAUAUAGUGAUACACAUGUACGUGCUCACACACGCACACACACCGCUUCCUUGUCUUUUUGUGCAGCACUUCCUGCUUGUCUAUCCCUUCUUCUUUACAUUUGAUCUGAUUUUGAUCAGAUUCCCUGUUUCCCAGUUAUUUUACUUCCUGACAUUUCCCUUCUACCAGUGUUUCCUGUUCACAGGAAUACAGGCCCUCACAUGUUAUGGUGAAUUAUAUCUGCCUGACCCCUAUUCUGCUGUGGUGUGUGUGCGUGUGUAUGUGUGUUUGUUUGUGCACUUGCACUCUGCAAGCGUUGUUUGGUCAGCCCUGUAACGGGGGGCUGUGGUACACAACUGUGUGUUUUCUGUGUGCGUGCGUGUCUGCGUGCGUGCGUGCGUGCGUGCGUGUGUGUGUGUGUGCAAGCGAGAGAGAGAUUUUUAGAUGUGCAUGCCUGAGUUUCUGUUGUGUAUCAGACAAGAGUUGACGACAUCAGAGAGUUUCUGCUCUCGUGAGUGACUGACUUAACUUCCUGUUUGUACGUUUAUGCACUGUCUGUCUGUAUGCAUACUGUGUGUGUAUGUAUGUUAUAGACUUAAAUCCUUUUCUCUAGUUUGACACUAAGGGUCCAUGUUGCCACUAUCCCUCUCGGUUGCCUAUUUGAUCCAUUUGUUUUGGUAGAUUAUUAUUAUUAUUAUUGUUGUUAUUAUUAUUAUUAUUCAACCAUUAUAAGUGAUUGUUUUCCUGCCUGGCAGUUACCUCAUCAUUCCGGUUUUGGUCAUCAUUCUUUACAAGCGCUUCACGGCACUACUUUGAAAUUAAGCACAUUAUAUAUUUUUUCUUUUCCUUUCUUUUCUUAGUAAAGAUAAGUUUGUCUGUGACUUUGCAGUGGCACAUGUGUUACAUAUAUACAUAUAUCUAUAUAUACUGUAUAAAUCUAUGAAUAUCUGUAUACCAAAUAAAAGGCUUGA